AUGUAUGACAGCUACCAGUGGCACCAAAUUUGUCCGCUGUUCAUCGGUCACGCAGUUGUUCUGCUGAGCAUGGCGUUGGCAUUUGUUCCAAGGUAUAUUUCUUAUCGAGUCGUAUCAGAGGUGGGAUUUGAACUUCUACAAAGCAGUGGGUGCGAAUCAUCUGCGGUUUCACCUGAACCUUACGUAGUUCUCCGAAACGGCGGCGACGGUUGCAGCUGGCAUUCGAAGCUGUGUUUUUACUGGACCACCGGGCUGAUGAAGAAGGGCUACCUUCGACAGCUGCGUUCCGUUGACGAUCUCUUUCGAUUGCCGGCAUCUUUGAGCAUUGGGUACCUCCAGAAGAACUUUGUUACUAAGUUGCUUUUACCUAACCUGUCGCUGUUGAAGAAGAUCAGCACGGCGUUUGGCGGUCAGUUUUAUCCGCUGGCGAUCAUGAAGCUGGUUAGCGAUGCCUGCACGUUCAUCAGCCCUUUUCUCCUCGGCAGAAUCGUUACUGCGGUCAGUGACACCGGUGAAGAAGGUAACAUGAUGCUGGUUUUCUCUGCUUGCCUCGUCGCGGUGUCGAUCGUCGGCGCCACCUUCGCCCUACACUUUGAUUAUCGACUGAACAUGGUGACCAACUUCAUGAGCAUUGACUGCGAGCGAGUGGUCAACUUUUGCAACUGCUUUCAUCAGUUCUGGUCGCUGCCACUGCAGAUCUUCGCGGCUUUGUAUCUGUUGUACAGAGAGUUGGGAGUGUCGUUCGUUGGAGGAGUGGGAGUUGCCGUGGCGUUCAUACCGUUAAAUCACGUGAUCGCGGUCAAGAUCGGCCGCCUUUCAACAAACAUGUUGGUCAUGAAAGACCGACGAAUCAGGCUCAUGACCGAAAUACUGUUCAGCAUCAGAGCGAUAAAAUUUUGCUGUUGGGAAAAGAUCUUCUACAAGAAAGCAAACGUCUUUCGGAAAGAAGAACUGCGGUACUUGAAAAAGCGAAAGUACCUCGAUGCCCUCUGUGUUUAUUUGUGGGUGGUGUCAUCGGUAAUUAUGUCUGUGCUGACAUUUAGCACCUACUACCUGCUAGGAAAUCGUUUCACCGCUUCGAAGGUUUUCACCUCACUGGCGCUUUUCAAUGUCUUGAUUACUCCGCUGAACGCAUUCCCGUGGGUGGUUUGUGGCGCUGUUGAUGCGUGGAUUUCGUUAAAGCGACUGGACAGUUUUUUCGACCUCAGCGAAUGUUCUCCGUUGACAUACUACGAUAAUGAGAUUGAUGAUAAAGAGAACCUAAACGAAGUUGUGUUGUCGAACAUCAGCGCCCAGUGGAUUGCAGAUCACCCCAGCACAAGUUUGGCUCUUCGUCAGAUCAACCUCACGGUCAAGAAGGGCGAAUUAGUCGGAAUCACGGGGCCGGUAGGCGCAGGAAAAUCGUCACUCCUCUACGUGUUGCUUGGCGAGAUGAACAAAUUGACCGGAAAGGUGACGGUCGACAGUUGGAGAAACGGCGUGUCGUUUCUGUCGCAGGACAUCUGGCUGCAACACGGAACCGUGCGUGACAACAUCGUACUACACAGGCCGUUCGACAGGGAAGCGUUCGAGGCUGUGAUCAAUGCUUGCGUUUUGGACACAGAUAUCCAGGUUCGACGAUUUGUUAGUGACAAGAGUUUGUACCUCCUGGAUGACCCGUUUUCUGGAGUAGAUGCACAAGUUGCUAAGGUUUUAUUCGAGCGUUGUUUCCUCGGCCUUCUGCGCGGAAAAACAGUGCUGCUGGUCACCCAUAACCAAAACGCGUUGGCUAAGAGUGAUCGAACCGUGGUUAUGGAAAACGGAAGGAUUAAUGUCGAAGGUAUACUGGUCUAA